AAUGCAUUUAUCAGAAUGAGUAGCCACCUUAUGGCCAGAAAACUAACUUUAUGCGAUAGAGGCUUAUUACCUACCUACUUAGCAGAACAGAAAUUGAACGGAUUCAAAGAAAAACACACCAUGCCUUUAAUACUUUUAACUGGAUUUCCCGCAAGUGGGAAAUCAACACGAGCACAACAACUAAAAGAAUAUUUUUCUACUAUUCUUGGAAAGAAUGUCGUGCUUUUAAGUGAAAAUGAAAUCGUUAAAAACAAACACAUUUAUUCAGAUGCCAACAAGGAAAAGGAAUUGAGGAGCACCUUGAAAUCCGAAUUGCAAAGGCUGAUUAGCCAAGAUGGUAUUUUAAUUUUUGAUGCAGGAAAUUACAUCAAAGGAUAUCGGUAUGAGCUCUACUGUUCCUCAAAAUCUAAUAAAACAACACAGUGCACAUUACAUAUUGACACAAGCUCAGAACAAGCUUGGAAAUUAAAUGUAAAAAGGGAUGAAACAUGCCAGUACUCCCAAGAAAACUUUGAUGCCUUGGUAAUGAGAUAUGAAGCACCAGAUGGAAGGAAUAGGUGGGAUGCUCCACUUUUCACCAUACAGCCAGAAGAUGAAUUACCAUUUGAGGAAAUUGCAGCAGCCCUGUGUGAAAAAAAGGCUCCUGCCCCAAAUCAGUCAACACAAUCACUUCCUCUAACAUCAACAAACUUCCUCUAUGAGCUGGAUUGUGUGACUCAGGAAAUAGUAAAUCGAGUAGUUGAGGCACAAAAGACAUGCGUGAUUGGUGAUGAGGUUUCCAUACCUAACUCGAGUGAGAAGUUUCUUCUUAAGCGACGUUAUCAGCUUUCUGAGCUUUCAAGAAUCAGACGGCAGUUUAUUAGUUUUGCCAAAACACAUCCAGUCGAUGAUAUCCCAAAAUUAGCCGCAAUGUUCUUUCAGUACCUAACAUCUCAUUUGGUGUAAAUAA